UGUCUUCAUCACCUCCAACACUCCCUCAGCUCCCCGGCCACCUUCUUCUCUUUUUAAUCUCUCUCUCUCUCUCUCUCUCUCUCUACCCUACAUAAUAUAUAUAUAUAUAUAUAUAAAGGAACACACUUUUCUAGCUUAGCUUCACUUGACUUCACUUAAAUCGAUCAUUGUGAGCUCCUAUACAUACACACAACACAUUAUCUACCUACAGGCCUGCCUAUUCUACUUCCCACAUACAUAUAUCACACUGUCUAUCUCUAUAUCUAUAACAAACAAGAAUAUAAUGUCGAGCAGACGAUCAUCGAGGAGCAGCAGGGCCGCAGCAGGAAGUUCCAGAAUAAGCGACGAUCAGAUCGCCGAUCUCGUCUCCAAGCUGCAGCAGCUCAUCCCUGAGAUCCGCAACUCCUCCCGCCGCCGCAGCAGCAGCUCCGACCACAAGGUGGCGUCGGCUUCGAAGGUGUUGCAGGAGACGUGCAACUACAUAAGGAACCUGCACAGGGAAGUGGACGACCUCAGCGAACGCCUCUCCCACCUGCUCCAGACCACUGACAGUGACAGUGCCCAAGCAGCCAUUAUUAGGAGCUUGCUUAUGUGAUUCAUUCAUUCUUUAUUUUCAAUUAAUCAUAAUUAAUUAAUUAAUUACUGCUGUAUUAUUUUGUUUCCAAGAUAUAUAUAAUUAAUGUUCAUCAA